CAAGUUCGUUUUGGCACAUGCGUGCUGUCCGGAUUUGGCACGCCGACAACUUGGAUCCACUCCAACGUGCAACGGGUAGCCCUCUGUCCUGGGACUUUCGACCGGUUUAUAUCCUGGCUCCUGUGCCUUCUCCCGCAGCUUCUUCAAAACUGGAUUAGACCCAGCUUCCCGGAGUGGUUCUUGCCGUCAACUGUUAUCGUCAAGAUCGAGAAGCCGGACUGGGACGAGGAGUUCGAGAACGAGAAGAAAUACUAUGCGAAACUCCAGGAUCUGCAGGGAAAAUACAUACAGGUCUGCUACGGGGAAGCACGUUGUGGCGGGAAGCGCGCCCUCGUCCUCUCAGAUCUAGGCGGCCUGGAACUAGUGGGAGAAGACCCAGUCAUUGUGCCACUAGCGGACCUAAAGAGAAUGUUGACGGAGACCUACAGUGCCCUCCUCAGCUACGGGGUUGAGCAAGGCGACACGAAACUCGACAUCGUCCUACUUGUGAGCGAUAAGGUGAUGAUUUUCGACUUUGACUAUGCGUGCGACGAGGAUAAAAAUGACUUUAACCUGGUUGAAACCAGGGUCGGACGCCUUAUGGGCAUAUAUAGUAGGCAUCUAGAAUACCUGGAGAGCGAAUGUGGCACAGAGAAGGUGCGCCCCUAGGCGAUCCG